UGCCGAUUCCAAGUCGCGUGAUCCCGUGUCACCACGCGAUCGCCCAACACCGCGAGAAAUCCCCAGCCCGCAUCGCGACCGCGAGGCUGGGAAUUCUCCAGUUACGUCGUUUCUGCUUUAGUCUUAUAAAGAGUCUACUUCAUCUGGGGAAUACAGGUGCUUGUUCUCCAUCUGUCCAUCUUAUCUCUAUUUCCCCAUUAAUUUAUCAUCGUACUAUCUGGUUAAUUUUCCACGAAAUUCAAUUUAUACUACUCCGUACGCGUCGACGCCACCGCAUCCGCCAUCCGGAACCAAGAAUUGAUCCAGCCCAUUCCUACCACCAUGUUUGCUACACUCUCUCCAGUCGCAAUCCAACAACCCCUCCACGCUCGAUCCCAUUACGCCCCCGCUCGUUCAUCACCUCUAGCUCCAACAUCCACCCUCCCAAUGUUCUCCCUCCCUCAGUCGGGAACUUAUUUCCCAUCUUUCGCGUCUCCCGCCCAGAACACCUUCCCCCAAGAUAACGCCGCCACAACCACAUCUUCACCAUCAUUAUCCUCUCGCUCCAAGACCUCCCCGACCUACGCACAGCGUUACGCAUCUACCGUCUCAAACCCCCUCAAGAACAACAACGUGCAGCGAUCAUACACCACCUCGUCGUCUCCGUUGGCGCGGGAGAAGAGACGCGAAGCCUUCCUGAACCGAGUCAAGCAGGAUCGCGAUAAUGGCCGUUUUGAGAAUCGCGGAGAGCAGCUCAUGCUGAUGGAGCAUGUCGCGGAGCAGAAGAAGUGGGGGGAGUCAAUGCGGAAAAGGGCGGAUGGAAUCAUGAGCGGGUUUGAUGAGCAUUUGUUGGAUGAGGAGGUUGCAGAUGCAGAUGCUCAGGCUUUGGAUGAGUAUAUCUCUGAAGAACAGGCGAUGGAGAUGGCAUUGUUUGAGAAUAUGCAGCGGGAUCAGCCGCAGUCGAUGUUCGGACAAGGUCAACAGCGGACAGAUGGCUCGUCUUUCAGCGACGAAGAGUAUGACGAUAUCUUCAUGGACUUGGCCGAUCCCGUCCCUCAAGACCAGAGCAUGGAUAUGAGUGGUUGAUCGGAAUCGGAAUCUACACAUACGAUAUGGCAUUGCAUAGCAGGCGUUUUGAUGGAUAUGGCGUUCACUUGGGCUGGUCCUUGGCAAAGCCAUGUGUCCAUUGGUAAAUAAGGGUAUCGAUUGAUAUAUGUACAGAGUGUGCCAACAUGUAUGGGGCAUCCAGAAUAGAUCACC